CAAAAUCCACUCAUCUUCAAUUCUCUAACCACAUAAAAUUUUCUUUCUUUACUAUUUUCCCGAGAAAAUUCUGAUAAUUUCAAACAAUGGUUAGUAGUACUGUGGCUCAAGCCAUGAUUGCUUCAAACGCAUUCUCUUGCGCAUUUCCUACCCAGAAAAGCAGCAGCUUCUGCAACUUUGGUAGAUUCCGCCACAGAUUUCAUCACCCUAGAAAUUCCAGGCUUCUUAUUGCUAGAGCUUCCGUCGCUGAAGAUGAAGAUUGCAAUGACGAAGAAUGCGCCCCUGAUAAAGAGGUUGGGAAGGUGAGUGUGGAAUGGUUAGCUGGGGAAAAGACCAAAGUGGCUGGCACAUAUCCCCCGCGAAAGAAGGGUUGGACUGGAUAUGUUGAGAAGGACACUGCUGGGCAGACUAACAUAUAUUCCGUUGAGCCUGCAGUUUAUGUUGCUGAAAGUGCAAUAAGUUCAGGAACUGCAGGUUCCUCAUCAGAUGGAGCUGAGAACACAGCAGCAAUUUCCGCAGGCCUUGCUCUCAUCGCUGUGGCUGCAGCUUCAUCAAUACUCCUUCAAGUUAGUAAAAACCCUCCUGCGCCUUUGGUGAAGACAGUAGAAUACAGUGGACCAUCACUAAGUUAUUACAUUAACAAGUUUAAGCCUCAGGAGAUUAUUGAAGCCUCAGCACCGACUUUAGAUGCAACGUCGUCGUCCUCAUCGGUUCAGCUGCCCGAGAGCUCGGCUCCAGAAUCCCAAAUUCAAGUUGAGUCUCAACUACUUAACCAAGAACAAGAACCUUCCACUUCAAGCAAUGCCUCUCCCUCUUCUUAAAGAAAUGAAAUUUGGCCAUGCUGAAAUAUUUUCAUUUUGUAACAUUUAUGAUAUUAUUUAUAUGUACCUAAAAUUAUGAUUUUGCUACAAUUAAUUAGUUUAGUUAUGUAUAUCAUUGUGCAUCUAUUGACCAUAUUAAAGAUGUAAAUCAUGAGUUCAAACAUAAAAGAAAAGAUGUUAAAAUGA